GGAAUCAUUUCUGCCUUUUUUCUGACAGAAACAGACAAAGAUUAUGAGGAUUUUUCCUUCUGAAGCUCUCCAUGUGAUGCCUCACUUUGGCGCAACAGGUUCCGAGAGAUAAAUGUAAAAACAACUCCGACCCAUGCAGGAGAAGAAGAAGCAUGCUGUUGUCCCCGUUUUGGAGCUUUGACGCCGAGCAGGAGAUCAACUCAUGGGAUGUAGUGGAUGCAGAGUCAGGUUCAACUUUGGCAAGGUGCUCUCCAAAGUCUCGGUGUUUUUUACCAUGCUCCUGAUCUUCACCUACUUCUUCUACUGCCUCACCGGGUUCUGCGAUUCGGCUCCGAGGUCUUUAUACAGACAACAAGCGUCAGAUUAUGACAUUCUGGACGAUCAUCGCCGCGUUUUGGACGAACUGCGACCGUCGCCGCGUCUCCUCCUCCUGCGCCCCGACGCGCCGUCUCACCGGAACCGCACAUCCUCCGGCGCGGACGCGGGGCAGGUGGACGCGCCGGGACAGCGCGCGGAGAGCGCCCAGAGCAACGGCAUGCCCGUGUCCAACACUUUCGGCACCAAAAGGUUUCCGCAGGCGAUUAUAAUCGGCGUGAAGAAAGGAGGAACGCGCGCACUGCUGGAGUUUCUGCGCAUCCACCCGGACGUGAGGGCGGUGGGCGCGGAGCCGCACUUCUUCGACAGGUUUUAUGAUAAAGGACUGGAGUGGUACAGGAGCCUGAUGCCUCGGACGCUGGACGGCCAGAUCACCAUGGAGAAGACGCCCAGCUACUUCGUCACUAAGGAGGCUCCGGGCCGCGUCUGCACCAUGAACUGCCAGACCAAGCUGAUCGUGGUGGUCCGGGACCCGGUGACCCGGGCCGUGUCCGACUACACCCAGACCCUGUCCAAGAACCCGGGGCUGCCGUCCUUCCAGAGUCUGGCUCUGAAGAACGCCACCACGGGGCUGAUCGACACCACGUGGAGCGCCGUGCGCAUAGGACUCUACGCCAAACACCUGGAGAACUGGCUGCAGCACUUCCCCCUGUCCCACUUCCUGUUUGUCAGCGGGGAGCGGCUGGUGUCGGACCCGGCCGGGGAGAUGGGACGGGUCCAGGACUUCCUGGGUCUGAAAAGGGUCGUUUCAGACAAACACUUCUACUUCAACCAGACCAAAGGGUUCCCCUGCCUGAAGAAGCCGGAGGGCAGCAGCAGACCUCGCUGCCUGGGGAAGUCUAAAGGAAGACCUCAUCCCCAGAUCCCCCCCAAGGUCCUGCAGAGGCUCAGGGACUUCUACCGGCCCUUCAACCACCGCUUCUACCAGAUGAGUGGACAGGACUUUGGCUGGGACUGAUGCUGGGGUUCCUGUCAGAGCCCGGAUAAAAGUCAGUGACUGUUUAACGCUCCACAGG